GCUACACCCCGCCUCCGUAUCAGGAACCAUGUUUUCUGCUCAUAUCCUGUACUUCAUCAUUUUAAUUCAUAUGUUUUCCCAAACUGAACGACUUAUUAAUUUAGAUAAGCUAUAAGGAAACAAUGGGGCGGUUUUAAUUGGGUUUUUACUUCGCACACGCGCUGCGUGGCUGGAAAGCGGUCUCGUGCAUUCCUGACAGUUGCUUCUCUUGACAACAACAGUUAUUACCUCAUAUAUAUCUUGGACACGGGGCCAGGGUGAUAAACUUUCGGUUUUGGGUGUUGCGUUUGCAUCUUCGAAAUGGCGGGGGGCAUUACAGAGACGGGGGAGCCUUACUCACCAUUUGUUGGUCUGGUGUACAUGUUCAAUCUAAUCGUUGGCACUGGAGCUCUGACGAUGCCCAAAGCUUUCGCAGCAGCUGGAUGGGUUGUCAGCGUGUCUCUUAUCUCUUUUUUGGCUUUUAUGAGUUUUAUGACCACCACGUUUGUAAUAGAAGCUAUGGCGGCUGCCAAUGCUGAGCUGCGGUGGAAGAGGAGAGAACAGGAGGAGACAGAUGACAGUGACUCUAGCUCAAACUAUUCAGAUGAUGAUGGCAUUAUCCGGGGACCCAUUGAGAAACGACCCAUUCUCUCUGUCCAACGUGCAGCUAACGUAGACCACUUUGACAUUGUCGAGAGAGUGGAGAUGGGACAAAUGGCAUCCAUGUUUUUUAAUAAAGUUGGUGUCAACAUGUUCUAUAUCUGCAUCAUCAUAUAUCUGUAUGGAGAUUUGGCUAUUUACGCGGCAGCUGUACCGGUGUCUCUGAUGGAAGUAGCAUGCGGGAAUCAGUCAUGCAGCGCUGGAAGUGUGAAAUACAAUGACACGGAGUCGUGCUGGGGACCCGUACGACGAAUAGACGCCUACCGAGUGUUUCUGGGCAUCUUCACUUUACUUAUGGGGCCCUUCACCUUUUUCAAUGCACAGAAGACCAAAUACCUCCAGAUCCUCACCUCUGUUAUGAGGUGGAUUGCGUUUACCAUGAUGAUUAUCCUGGCUUUAAUCCGCAUUGGCAAGGGUCACGGUGAAGGCCAUCCACCCGUGGCACAGAUCGCAGGCGUGCCCAACCUCUUCGGGGUUUGCGUCUACUCGUUCAUGUGCCAGCAUUCCCUGCCCUCCCUCGUGACACCCAUCUCUAACAAAAAGCGAAUGAGCGCCUUGGUCAUCACCGACUACAUCCUAAUUCUGUGCUUUUACAGCCUGCUGUCCUUCACCGCUAUAUUUUGCUUCGACAGCUCGUUGUUACGUGACAUGUACACGUUAAACUUCACCGAUAACUGUGACGUUCUCGGCAUUCCUUUUUUGCGCUAUUUCCUUGGCCUGUUCCCGGUCUUCACUAUCAGCACCAACUUUCCCAUAAUAGCCGUCACGCUGCGCAAUAACUGGAAAACUCUUUUUCACCGGGAUGGAGGUACAUAUCCAUGGGUGGUGGAUCGUAUCGUUUUUCCUCUCAUCACUAUAGUUCCACCCAUUAUCGUGGCUUUCUGUACCCAUGAUCUGGAGUCACUGGUGGGCAUCACCGGGGCGUACGCCGGCACGGGCAUUCAGUACAUCAUCCCGGCCUUCCUUGUGUACUUGAGUCGCCGCCAUCUCGAACCUGUGUUUGGAAGGGAUGUUAUUAAUAAGCACAGAUCUCCUUUCAGACACAGUUUCUGGGUUUGGUUUGUUGUAGUGUGGGCAACGUUCUGUCUGAUGUUUGUCACGGCUAAUAUUGUCCUCAAUGAAACCAAGAACUGAAUACAAAUGCGAUUUUCUUCGUCAAGCCAUGUUUUUGUUUUAAUUGGGAAAACAAUGAUAUUAGCUGUAAUUGAAUUUAAUUUAAUUUUGUGUCUAAAAGGGACCAAAUAUAGUUUUGGCAUUACUUCAAAAGAAUUGCUGCUGUUUAGGUUGAAUGCUAAUGUGAUAGUCGUUACAUACAGAUUGGCGAUCUUAUACUGUAGUUUGGAAAAAAACAAAUGUACACCAAAUAUUUUAUUCUUCACAGUAGUAAUAUUCAUCAAGCAAGACAAGUGGACAAUAAAUCUUCCUUAUUUUAGUCUUCCAAAUCUCAGCCUGAGAUCAGCUCAGAUCGUAGCACCUCACAUUUGGCAUUUCAGCAUCCCUAAUUCACGUCUGGCACCUCACAGUGUCUCCUGCCGUGAAUGAUGUUGACACGAGUGAAUGAUGUGCCUGGAGUUCAGUCUCAGUUCAGCUGCAAAUUCAUCGAGGCAUUGAAACUUUCCCAAUGUUCUCCAUGUACAGGAUUUCUGAAAGACGCUUAAAGGAAAACUUCACCGUUUUUCAGUAUUUUACUGUGAUCUUACCUCAAUUUAGAUGAAUUAAUACAUUCCUAUUUCAAUGCGUGCACUUUUAAUCUUUGUACAGCCCUUCUUGAAUGUGUUAGCAUUUAGCCUAGCCCCAUUCAUUCAUAUGGCUCCAAACUAAAGUUUUAUUUUGUGCCCCCAUACUUACUCGUGUAACUACUCAUGUAAGAGUCUUUAAAUAGGGAAACAUUGAAGUGUUUGGUGGCUUCUAAAUUCAUUCCUGUUUGGAUCCUAAGGAAUGAAUGGGGCUAGGCUAAAUGCUAACACAUUCACUACGCGCUGUACAAAAAUUAAGUGCACGCAUUGAAAAAAGAUUGGUAUGUAUUAAUUCAUCUAAGUUGAGGUAAGAACAUAGUAAAAUAUUGAAAAACGGUGGUGUUUUCCUUUAAGGUAGGAGAGAAAGAUUAACCUAAUAUUGUGUGGAUACAAUUUGUCUUGUAAUAUACACACGUUUACCAUAAAUGCAGAGCACCUUAUCAUGCUCAGCAGAACACUAUUAGUAUGAUUUUCUGUACAAGCCAUUGUAAAAAAAGAUUUGUUGGUUUAACUUAAAGUAAUUUACCUGGAUGCCUUAAAAUUUUAAGGCAACCAUGUAACUUAAUUUUUUAAGUUGAACCAACUUUGUUAUUACAGUGACCAGUAUACACUUUAAAAUAUGAAGGUGCUUCACGAUGGCAUAGAUGAGCCCACCAGGUUCCAUAAAGAAACCUUUCUGCUUCAAAAAAGGUUGUUUGUAGUGAAUAAAUGUUAUUUAGAUCAUAAAAAAACGUUUGAAAGAAAUGGUUCUUUGAGGUUCUAUGGCAUUGCUGUGAAGAACCAUCUAAGCACCUUUAUUUUUAUGAGCGUAGUUAUCAGUGUAAAGUAUUUCAUGUGGUUUGGCUUGAAUUUAAAGGCAGAUUUUUUGGCACCCUGCCUUGCAUUGUGUAUAGGUUUUUUGGUGGGGGGGGUUUGGUUUUGUGUGUCGAUUUUAGUUUAAUCUAGUUGUAUUUUAUGUUUCAAUCCUUCAGCGCAUCACAGCGCAUUCCUUUUGUGUUUUUGUCAGUGUUUGAUCUUCAGUGACAUCUUUGAUGUCGUAAACUGAUCGCUGCUCUCUAUGAGAGCACCGCUUCUUGAUUUUAAAUGACGCCGUCCGCUUUGGAUUUGGGUUUAGAUUUUGAAGAAAUAUAUGUCUGCAUGAGCUUGAUGUGUGGACAAAACAAAUGGCUGCUUAUUCAAUUUUUACCAUUUUAAACUGUAAGUAAUUGUUUAAUACAGCAGGACAUGCACUGGAGUUCAUGUCUGCCUCGAGCACAAAAACAAAUGAUUUCACGUAUGUGAGGUAGUUAUAAUGUUAACAAAUGAUGCUCGUUGUUUCGUGUCCAUGUCUGUUUGUCAACUAAACAAAUGUGCCUUUUGCCGGGGAUCUUCCUGCUCUCACCUAAAUCUCUCAUUGAAAAAUGACUCUCUCAAGUCAAUUCAGAUACUUGACAAUCACAUUAUUAAAUUAAUAAUAAUGUCUAUCAUUGUCUCACUUAAAUAAAGAUGGAAUGCUGUU